UGGAGCCGCAUAGACGGGAAGACUGAAGAGUGGAAGGGGUUUUGCUUGGCGUCGUCACAGAAAGAAAGAAAGAUGGCGGCCAAUGGUGCAAGAAGAACCCUUCAGUUCUCUUCAACUUCUGCAAAAGCCCUCUUAACCCGUUCACCACCACCACCAACAACAAAAACGAUAUCUUCCCUUUUUGCUUCAAAAGCCGCUAGCUUGAGUGGACUCUUUCCUAAGCCCUCCUCUUGUAAUCGCUUAUCACUCCACAAGCUAAACUUCUCCAGGCUUCCUGUGGAGUUGGGUGGUGCGCUAUCCUUGAUACCAUUGCAUAGUGUUACAGCCUCCGCAUUGUUUACCUCAUUGCUAUCAUUGCACAAUGACACUUGGGGAUGUCUAUCUGAAGGAUUUGCAACACCUCUAUAACAUGGCCAGUGGACUUCUGUUGUAGCUACCAACAAGAUGAUCAGCAGAGGUGUUAUGUAGUAUGUUUGUUUUCACAAUUAAACUAGCAUUUUCAAACGGAGAUGUUUAUUUAUUUCUUUGAAUGAUCUGAUAUUCACUGCUUUUCUCACCGGUCUCUGAGUUUUGAAAGAAAUACAAAUUGCUGAAUAACAAGCCAAUUUGCUGAAUUAGUUUAA